AAAGCGGAAGUGACAACAACGUACUUCCUUUUCUUGCGGAAGAGCAGUCAAUCUGCUGCUGCAAUGGCAAAGCUAAUUUUGUUGUUGCUUAAAUGUAUACUUUUAUGUGGCACUGUUUAUGCCGUGUUUGAGGAUCAAGUUGGAAAAUUUGAUUGGAGGCAGCAGUAUGUAGGCAAGGUUCGUUUUUGUCAUUUUGACGCACAUAUGCAAUCAUCCAAAAAAGUUCUUCUAGCAACAGAGAGUAAUGUUUUUGCUGCAUUAAAUACCAGGACGGGGGAAGUCUUGUGGCGACAUGUGGACAAGACUGGCCCAGAGGGAAAUAUUGAUGCUUUUCUGCAAAAUGGACAAGACGCAGUAUUAGUUGUUGGGAAUGGCCGCUUCCUGCGUUCCUGGGAGACAAAUAUUGGUGGUUUAAACUGGGAAGCUGUGCUUGACUCCGGCAGCUUUCAGUCUGCAUGUUUAAUUGGACAACAAGGCACGGUUAAAAAUGUUGCUGUUCUGAAGAAAACCGCCAUCUCUCUUCAUUACUUGUCUAAUGGUCAUCAAAAAUGGAUUGAGAACCUUCCAGACAGUGAUACUGUGGAUUACCAAACCGUAUACUCUGGAGGAAAUAGUGAAGUUUAUGUUUUGGGAGUUGUUCCCCAUUCCCACAUUGCUAUUGUUGCUUUUAGUGGUGAUGAUGGAGAGAUACUUCAGCAGAGCUCCGUUGAAGCUCCUUGGUUGUCCAGCAUACCAGAAAGCUGUCAAAUGGUUGACCAAGACUUGCUGAUCUGUGUAGAUUCUACAACUAUGUCCCUUUACACACUUGACUUGAAACUGCAGUUACAAUUGAACCAGAUUCCCUUACAGUCUCUGGAACUUGAAGUAGAUCCAGACUUUCGUCCAUCUUUAGUGUCACACCAGCCUAACCCGGCCAAGCAGCCACGUUCAGAGUUUUUCCUUCAGCUUGCUCCUGAUCACUAUGUUCUUCUCCAGUUCAACAAUGGGCAGUUAGUGGUGUUGAGGGAUUUCAAACCAGCCCUGCUUGUUUCGUUUGCAACCACUGGAGAAAAGACUGUCGCUGCUGUCAUGUCACCAAAAAAUAAAACUGCCUCCAGUAUUAACCUCUUUAAUGCUGAAACUGGGCGCAGACUUCUUGACACCACAUUGAUUUUUACCAUGGAUCCUAAUGGUGGGAAACCAGAAAAGCUGAAUGUUCAAGCGUUUCUGAAGAAAGAUGAUUCUGUUGGCUACAGAGUGAUGGUGCAAACCAAAGACCACACACUUACAUUCUUACAGCAGCCAGGGCGUGUAUUGUGGACCAGAGAGGAGGCCCUAUCAGAUGUGUUGACCAUGGAAAUGGUGGAUUUGCCCCUCACUGGAACGCAGGCAGAACUGGAGGGAGAAUUUGGCAAAAAGACCGCCAUUCAAGAUGGACUGAUGUCCAUGGUGUUUAAGAGGCUCUCCUCACAGCUCAUCCUGCUCCAGGCGUGGGUCGCUCAUCUCUGGAAGCUGUUCUAUGACGCCCGCAAGCCCCGCAGUCAAGUCAAAAACGACAUCAGCAUGGAGAACUUGUCCAGAGACGAGUUCAACUUACAAAAGAUGAUGGUUAUGGUUACAGCAUCUGGGAAGCUCUUUGGGAUUGACAGCAAAACUGGAGGAAUUUUAUGGAAACAUUACCUUGAAAACAUCCCAUCCAACGCUGCCUUCAAACUAAUGGUGCAACGGACAACUGCACACUUCCCUCAUCCCCCACAAUGCACUCUGCUUAUCAAAGACAAGGACACAGGCCUGGCCUCACUACACGUAUUUAACCCAAUAUAUGGAAAGAUGAGUCAUGUCAGUCCUCCUGCUCUACCUCAGCCCAUACUUCAGUCACUCAUGCUGCCAUUCAUGGACCAGGAUUAUGCCAAAGUCUUGCUUCUCAUUGAUGAUCAGUACAAGGUGUCUGCCUUCCCUUCCACCAAGUAUGUGCUGCAGCAGCUCCAGGAAAUGGCCUCUUCCAUAUUCUUCUUUCUUGUGGACUCAAAUCAAGGAAGACUUUCCGGAUACAGACUAAGAACGGACUUGUCAACUGAGCAGAUCUGGGAGGUGGCCCUUCCAACAGAGACACAGAAGAUUGUUUCCGUCAAAGGGAAGAAGCCUAAUGAGCAUGUGCAUUCUCAGGGAAGAGUGAUGGGAGAUCGAAGUGUUCUCUACAAGUACCUGAACCCUAAUCUUCUGGCCGUGGUGACUGAGAGUACAGAUCUGCACCAGGAGCGCAGCUUCGUGGGGAUCAUUCUGAUUGAUGGCGUAACUGGUCGCAUCAUCCAUGAGGCUGUUCAGCGAAAAGCCAGAGGACCAGUGCACGUUGUGCAUUCUGAAAACUGGGUUGUGUAUGAGUACUGGAGCACCAAAUCUCGCAGGAACGAGUUCUCUGUGAUUGAACUCUAUGAAGGAAUGGAGCUCUACAACAGCACAGCGUUCAGCUCACUCGACCGGCCACUUGUUCCUCAGGUGCUUCAGCAGUCCUACAUUUUCCCCUCUUCCAUCUCUACCAUGGAGGCCACCCUGACCGAGAAAGGCAUCACGAGUCGCCAUCUCCUCAUUGGCUUACCUUCUGGAGGGAUUCUGUCUCUACCAAAAAUGUUCCUCGACCCACGCAGGCCAGAAAUGGCAUCGGAGCAAAGCCGUGAAGAAAAUCUGAUCCCGUACGCUCCCGAGCUGAUGAUCCGUACGGAGUGGUUCGUCAACUACAACCAGACCGUAUCCAGAGUGAGAGGCAUUUACACCGCUCCCUCUGGGCUGGAGUCGACAUGCCUGGUGGUGGCUUACGGUCUUGACAUCUACCACACGCGAGUGUACCCCUCCAAACAGUUUGACGUACUCAAAGACGACUACGACUACAUGCUGAUCAGCAGUGUUCUCCUUGCCCUGUUUUUUGCCACCAUGAUCAGCAAACGCCUGGCAGAAGUCAAACUGCUCAAUCGAGCCUGGCGUUAAUGCGAUGGUCCAAGUUGCACACCUCACAGCCCCAACGGCUGCAAGAAGGACCUCUGUCCGAGGAGAUGAGACUGCCGAGGUCACGCCUGCAACAACAGCACAGGCCAACGUUAAAUGAGGCUCAUAAAGAACUGCGAGGCAGUGGGGAGGGGGUUUAAGGAGGCAGGCGUUAGUUCAACUUUUGUGUGUUUUUGUUUUUUAACUUAUUUUGCAAAAAAAAAAA